UCUAAGGGCACAAGGGAAGUGGCGGGCGGGGACUGAAGUGGGGCGUGCAGGUGAACCGUUCGGCCGCAGGUCGUGGGCAUGGCUGAGGCCAGGAAGCGGCGGGAGCUGCUUCCCCUGAUCUACCAGCAUCUGCUGCAGGCGGGCUUUGUGCGCGCGGCGCGGGAAGUGAAGGAGCAAAGCGGUCAGAAAAGUUUCCCACCUCAGCCUGUAACCCUUCUGGACAUCUAUACGCACUGGCAACAAACCUCGGAGGUUGGCCGGAAGCGGAAGGCAGAGGAGGAUGCAGCACUGCAGGCCAAGAAGACCCGUGUGUCAGACCCCAUUAGCAGCUCGGAGAGCUCAGAGGAGGAGGAGGAAGAGGCAGAAGCUGAAACCGCCAAAGCCACCCCAAGACUGGCAUCUACCAACUCCUCAGUCGUGGGGGCAGUAUUGCCAUCCAACAUGAAAGAAAAAGCCAAGGCAAAGGCCAAGCAAGUCAACAAGACAGUGAACUCCACACCACACCCUGCCUCAGGGAAGGCAGUGGCCCACGCCCCCUCUGGGAAGUCACCCAAAAAGUCAGCAGGGCCCUCAGCAAAUACCAUCCUGUUCAUAGAAAGUGAGGAGGAGAGCAGCGUCCCGGCCCUCGGAACCACUGCCAAGCCUGGAGUGGCAUCGGCGGGCCAGAUCGACAGCGCCAGCGAGGACACCUCCAGCUUGAGCGAUGAGACAGACGUGGAGGUAAUUGGCACCAUCCUCAGGAGUUGCUCUCCGCAAACCUUGAACCCUCCCAGGAGCCUGGCUUCACAGACGAGUGGGAGCAGAUCAGCUCAGCGAGUGCUUCAGGGUGACUGGGAGCUGGAAAGGCUGAGGCCUGGAGAGGGGAGAGGAGCCGGAUGCCGCUCAUUGCACUCUGG